UUCUUGUACUCAGUUCAAUAUCUUGCUUUUUUUCUUCUUUCUAAAUAUUUUUCUGUAUCUGGGCACUGCUCAAAAUUUUUUUUUUUUUUCUCAAGACUCUGCUGCUUUCCACUUGUUCUGAACAAAUGGAAGAUGUUUUGUGUUGUUUAAUGGUAUGGUAAUAUGAUAUUCUGUGUCUGAGGCAAUCAGCUUUUUAAAGCUUGGAAAAAGAGAAACUUACUGAAAUCUUAUAAUGCCAGUUCCACUUGCCCCAUAUCCAUCACCACCAGCACCAUAUACUCCACCUUCAAAUGCAGGUGCACAAAGCCAGUUAGUAUGCUCUGGAUGCCGAAAUCUUUUACUCUAUCCGGUCGGAGCUACUUCUGUAUGCUGUGCUGUUUGCAAUGCAGUCACAACAGUGCCGCCUCCGGGGACAGAAAUGGCCCAGCUGGUAUGUGGAGGUUGCCACACCUUACUAAUGUACAUACGCGGAGCAACAAGUGUGCAAUGCUCUUGUUGUCACACUGUUAAUCUUGCCUUGGAAGCAAAUCAGGUCGCACAUGUCAAUUGUGGAAAUUGUAGGAUGCUACUGAUGUACCAAUAUGGAGCAAGAUCUGUGAAAUGUGCAGUUUGCAAUUUUGUGACAUCAGUUGGGGUCCCAACAACCGCGACCGAGCAGAAAUUCAACGGCUAAAGUAUGAAACACUUCAAAUGAGGCUAUAAGAAGAUGAUAUAUGUCAAAUAAUCAGAGAAUUUUUUUUCUCUAGUAAUCCAUUGUAUAGAGUUUUUUCUUUGUUUUUUUUCCCUUUUGCGUGCCCUUCCAAAAGAAUAAGUACUUUUCUCUUGCCAGGUUGGAUGUAUGAGAAGUAUUUUUCUAUGAGAAAAAGACAUUAGAGUGUGAGUGUUCAUGAAUAUCUCCGGAUAAAGAUAAACUACUUCAAUUUUCUUUA